GACUACUCUGACAAAGGUAUCAAGAGGCAGUGUCGCUCCACCCCGCGCCCAGAACGGCCGCCAUGUCGCGGUGAGGUUCGCGUGUUAACUCCAACAGUGACUAAUAAUUGUGAAACAUGGUGUGCCUCAUUUGGACUUGUAUCUUCGCCGGCUUACUGCUGGCGACAGCAAACGCUCAGAAUUCAGAAAGCAGUGGAGACUUCUCGCCUGUCGUGACCGCAACAUGCAAAAGUGGAGUUAUGUCAAUUCGAAUCAACUUCACCCAACCUUUCAAUGGGGUCGCACACGCCCGAGAGUAUAGGACUCCUCCAUGUAUGGCGAUGGGCAACGGGAGCGAAUCGCUAAACUUCGACAUAAACCUCAACGCUGUAAAAGGCUCACCAGAUUAUUGUGGAGUGUACUGGAAUAAUCGCACCGACGAGCGCUCGCUACCUCUUGCAGUCCGAGUGCACAGAACAUUAGAGCUUGCAGAUGACAAAUUCUACGUCAUCACGUGCGGCAAGGCCGGCUUCAGAAACGCAAGAAACGAAACGUCCCUUGUAUCGCUACGAUUGUUGAAUUCUGAGGGACGCAAAGUAUUAAAUGCAGCUUAUGGAAUGCCUUACACCCUUCGAGCUGAAAUGAGUAAACCUGACGGGACUCAUGGAAUUCGUAUGAAGAGCUGUUUUGCUUUCAAUAUGCGCAACAAUACUGUAGAUCUUCUAGAUAAAAGAGGGUGUCCUGUAAAGCAGCAGUCUUUAGUCACAAAAUCGGAUGCAAAUAGUGCUGAGUUGGCUAUUGCCUCCAUGUUUAGAUUUUCGGAUUCGUCGCAAAUAAAUCUGCAAUGUGACAUAGGUAUUUGCAAAGGCACAUGUGCAACAGUGGACUGUUCCAUUGAUGGUGGAGCUGAACCAACAGAUGAGGAAGGCACAGUCACAGCUUCGACCGGAGUAUUCGUCCUCGAUCCAAAUGAUAGUGCAGUUGCAGCGCUCGCAUAUUCCAACGGAGCUACCUUGAUUAUAUGGAUAGCUGGUGUAAUAGUCAUAUUCAUUUACGCACAGGUAAUAGAGAAGGACCCGUCAGUUGUAGAGGACUAUGACCCUUAUCGCAGCUGGCACGGAAGCCAGUAUGGCAGUCGGUAUCCCUCCUCUACCAUACAUUCUGCGAGAUCGGUAUCUGAUAAUAGCGACCACUAUGCGAUAGUUCAAUCGCGCCCGGGCAGUCGACACUCUGGCAUGCAUCGCAGUAGACAUUAAAAAAUCUACUGAUUCAAUAUUAAAAUGAAAUUUAGGUAAUGCGACCUCAGUCUUGUACAUAUCUCGGGACCAACUAAUAUUCUGUGAUCAAAUCUUCAAUUCAUAUGCAAUGUAAAUUGCAUACCUUCUUGUCAUUUCAGUAAAUGUGCCAUUAUAUAAUCAUACUUAUACACGAAAAGAAACUUCUUAUUUCACUAUUAAAUAAGACUUCUACAGCACAACGAACCGAAUACUGUUAGAUUUAAGAACGAAAUAACAAACUAUUAUCUAUAAAUAUUCGAUAUUCUUUAAUACGUGACAUGGUAAAUUAAUAAAUUACCAAACAUAACAUCAAAUCAAUUGAUACUAUAAAUAAUUCUUAUAAUGAGAAGUUUUGGCUACUAUUUACAGUAACGAGUGAACUGAAAGCACCUUUUCUGAAAUAUUUAAAAUCCAAAUUUCCAUUUAUUAGAAAUUAAGGCCAAGAUCGGGCGCAUUUAGUUUGAAAAGACGAGACACUAAAAUUAAUACAUUUGUUAUUAUUCUUUAAUAAAUUUUUGCGAGUAAUUUGAUAAUUGUAUGGUGCCUUAACAUGUUCAACUUUAUAGAUAUUCCAUAGAUUAGAUAGAAUUUUAAUAAGAGUCAUAUAAUAAAAAUGCACGAACUAAUUAUAUUGCAAUUAAAUAUAAUAUGUAUAUUAUUAUGUGUAGCGUUAAAGUGUAAAUGACGUCAAAAUAAAUGUGAAUUUAGUGUAAAGAUUAAAGAAUGUUAACAGUAUUAACUGUAAAUACUUGCCUAAUGGGCUACAUGGGUGAUUUAUAAUUCAGAGGCAGGGAAACUUGUCUACUUGAUAGAGUCAAGUUUUAAAGCUAAGGUGAUAUUAAUAUUAUUACCGAUAUAUUGUAUGCUCAAAAAGAUUCCGUCCCAUUAAUGGUGUAUUUUUGUACGAUUGUAGAUAAUAAAUUAUAGGUAUGAUAGUUAUUCAAAUGUGAUUUGGUGUAUCUUGUAAGAAAUAUGUAAGAAAUAAAAAUUUUAACAAU